GCCGAAGACACUUAUCUCCAAAUCUUCCCUCUUUAAAUAUUUUCUUAGUUUGCUCCUGGCUUGCUUUGUUAUUGAAUUUUGAGAGCUUGCUGCUUCCAGUACGAGAGGCCACGAAGGUAACGAGGAACUUUCCUUGGGUUGUUGUUAACAACCCACGCAAAACGAAACGACGGGCUGAGUGGUUUUUGGUAGCUAGCUAGUCUCUCCCUCAUCUCUUUUUGGUUUGUGUGUUCUUUCGUUCCUUCUUUCUUUCCUUGUGUUGGUACUAUUAUUCACACAAGUAAAAGGGAGUGUUGUUGGCUGAGAGUGAGGAAAGGAAGUGCGAGGAGAUUGGAGGAACUCUGAUAAGAUUCCACUUUUAGGUUCUCUCACAUCUCUCGCGACCAAAGGGUUCUUCUCUGACAACCAUUUGGUGCUGAGCUCCACCCAUCGACCAUCCUUUCCGUCUACUACCUACAACAGGGGGUUCUGUGUGUUUCUGUGUGUGUUUCUCAUGACAGUGGUUGCUCUAUCAUAACAACAACACUUCCUUCAUAACCAAGAAAACAAUUCUCCAGCAUCGUUCGUCUGCUACCUGCCCUUAUUCCCGAAGUCUCUCUCUUUUUCAAUAAUUUCACCUCUACUCUAAUCUACCCAACCCAACCUACCCAUCAUCCCAUCACCAUGCAAGCCAACUACCACCCCAGCACUGGAUGGAUGCCUCCUCCAGGCUACUCGCAUCAUCCCCAUUCCGUGACGCUGAGCCCCACGUCUUGGUCGGAUCCCGAGAGUCGUCAGGAGUCUCCUGGUUCGGCCAAGACGCUCAAUAAGACAGCACAGAGUCCGUACAUGACAGACCCCAAGAAGAAUGCCGACUAUGUGUACGCUUCGCCACAACAGACACACCGGCCCGUCUUUUACCCCAGCAGUGCAGGAAGUCAGCCGCAGAGACUGCCCUUUCCACCCCACAAUAACAAUAAUGGCUACUACCCACAACAGUACUUGGCGUCUCCUCAGGCGGUCUACGAUGAUCCGAAUGCUGCGGGACGAAAGGACCACAAGGACAACAUGUCGCUCUUUCCAGGGAGUACUACUGGUACUGCUGCCAGUAGUAGUACUACCAAUCCUUCCUACAGUUCGUGGAUUGAGCAGCAGCAGCAGCAACAGUCGCCUACCAACAACAACAACAAGCACCAAGGGAUGGAUCCACUCCAUCAGUCCCAUUCGUCUCUCUCCAUGGCGUCUCCGGUACCGCAACGGAGUAUUUGGUCGUCCACAGCGGACAACAAUGGCAACAACAACCACCACAGACAGCAGCACCACCAAAAGUUGGGUCCUCCUACCGUCUAUCAACCGCCCAGUAGUAGCGAAGACGCGAACGACCUGCAGGGAAUGGCCCGUCUCUCCUUGAUCAGUACCAGUUCGUCCUCUGUGACACGAAGCUCCUCCAAUCGAGACAGCAAUACCAGCUCGACGAGCAGCUAUCAUUCCAAUAAUAAUAACCUGCCGGGAUUGGUACAAGCCAGCUCCGAGUCGACGGCCAGUCUCCCGACAUUGUAUCCGAACAAUAGUAGCAACAGCAACACUACUACUACUACUACCAGCGAUGGAGCAGACGAUGCAACCAAUGUGUUGCAAUCGUCGUUGCGAUCCUUUUUGGAUGAAGAAGACGACAACUACUAUACUGGGUCCCCCUCGGCCGACCGACCCGUCGUUAUUCCACCUGGAUUUGGAUCGCCGUCACAGCCGCCUCGUGCUGGUUCUGGUUCGUCCUACAAAAUGGGAAAUCCCAACACGAGACGCAAUCGAAAUCGCAACAAGUUGCGACAACAGAAAAAGGUCGAACAGCAACGACCCAAGGCGCUCAAGGAACGAAACACUUUUGGAAAUGAAACAACAACGCUGGAACCGCUCUUUGAAAAGCCCGAUCUGCCUCCGUUGGGAGGAUCUUCCUUGCAGAGGGCCGUGCACCGCAACAGUGCAACUGGCAGUGGCGUUGGUAACGAGUCGCUUCGUCUCCUCAUGGGAGAUGAAUCGGCAUCGGAACACAAUUGUAUGGAUUCGUCCUUUAACAGCAUGAUGCAUGGAUCUUCGGCAUCGUUACGGUUGACGUCUCCCAUGGUCAGUCCACGAACACCACACAACAAGCAACCACCCAUUCUCCCGCAACAGCUACCCGUGCCACCACUGCCCUUUGACUUUUCCUUGUCCAACAUGUAUCCACAAGACAACAACACGAACGCAAACAGUGAAGAUGACGAGGAUGCGAUUCUCAUGCAGCACAUUUUGGCCAGUGAACAACGCGCCGCCGAAGAUGGUACUGGUGGUACCAAUACUACCGAAGUACAACUAUCACCCGAAGAAUUGUUGGACGAUUUGUCGCCCACGUCCUUGGGGAAAAAGAGAGAAUGGUUGUUGCGCAUGAACAAGAAAAUUCAAGAAGUGCCAGUCGGAGAACUGGAUCCUUCGGCAGUGCCCAUUAGUGCCAUUAUGAAUGCAUGGGCCAAAACCAAGUCGGCACAAGGAGCGUCCAUGGUCGAAAUGUGGCUCAAACGAGCGCAACAAGAGUACAGUGCCGGGAAUCACCGUAUUGUCCCUACCACCAAAAUGUAUACCAUGGCAGUGGAUGCUUGGGCUCGAAGUGGCGAACGAGGUGCUGCUGCCAAUCGCGCCGAAGACUUGUUGCAUCAUAUGAAUUCGCUUUAUCAAUCAGGCGAGCACGACAAGCUCAAGCCGACAACUGGUAUCUUCAAUGCGGUCAUCAAUGCAUGGGCCCGAUCUCGAGAAAAGAUUGCUCCGGUGCGAGCAGAACAAAUCCUUUCUUGGAUGGAGAACUUUCAGGACUUGGACAUUCAACCCGACAAGUACACUUACAACACGGUCAUCCAUGCUUGGGCCAAGGCAGGUGGUACUGAAGCGGCCACAAAGGCCCAGCAGCUUUUAUCUAGCAUGGACAAGAAGUAUCACGAAGGAAACCUCAUGGCCAAGCCCGAUACGAUCACGUACAACGUCGUGAUCAAUGCAUGGGCAAAGAGUGGAGGACGCGGGGCUGCCCUCGAAGCCGAAAAGCUGCUUUCCAAAAUGCAUAAACUCCACGAAAUGGGCGACACGGAUGUCAAACCAAGUGUGGUCACAUACGGUGCUGUUAUUGACGCCUACGCCAAGAGUGGCGAAAAGGGCUCUGCUGCCAGGGCGGACACGCUUUUGGCGCACAUGAUUCAGCUCCACCAAUCUGAUCCUAUCAAGCACGCUGACAUGCUCCCGAAUACAUACGUUUUCAACACUGUCAUCAAUUGCUGGGCCAAGAGCAAGGAGCAUGAUGCCGCCUCCAAGGCUGAAGAGAUGCUUGUGGCCAUGAGUCGUCUCCAUGCCUCCGGUAUUCCCAACUUGAAACCGGACGCAUUUACCUACACUGCCGUCAUCGAUGCUUGGGCCAAGAGCGGUUAUCGAGGUGCUGCGUCUCGUGCUGACCAGUUGUUGGACAAAAUGGAAGCUAAAUACCUUGCUGGUGAUGCCGACUUGAAGCCCAACACGUUCACGUACAACGCUGUCAUCAAUGCGCUUGCCAAGAGUGGUGAGGUUGGGGCUGCUGCUCGCGCAGAGCGUGUGCUCCAGAAUAUGGUUAAUCGCUACAGAUCUGCCGGCAGUGACGAUGUGAAGCCCACAACGAUCAACUUCAAUACCGUUCUGGAUGCCUGGGCCAAGAGUGGAGGCGGGCGUGCCGCUGCGGAACGCGCUGAGGAGAUUCUGGAGUGGAUGGACCGCCUCUACAAGGGAGGAAACCCUGAUGUGAAACCUGACACCAUUACAUUCAACGCUGUGCUGGAUGCUUGGGCGAGGUCUGGUGACAGGGUGGCCCCACACCGCGCAGAGCAGAUUCUCGAUCACAUGGAUGACUUGUACCGUGCAGGCAACAGAGGAGUCAAGCCUGACACUUACACCUACAACACUCUGAUCAACGCUUGGGCCAAGUCUGGGGGCAGAGGUGCCGCCGCCAGAGCGGAACACGUCUUGUCCGUCAUGCACAAGCGCUACAAAGAUGGCGACAGCGACUUCAAGCCCAAUACCAGGACACACACGAGUGUCAUUGAUGCAUGGGCGAAGUCCGGCGAAAAGGGCGCCGCCAGAAGAGCCGAACAAAUAUUGAACAACAUGAUCUCUCACUACGAAGCAACCGGUGAUUCAGACGUAAAGCCGAAUGUUCACACAGCAAAUGCUGUCUGCAACGCUUGCGCUUUCACCAAGAUGGACGAAGACCGUGCUGAAGCAAUGCAAAUUGCCUUCCGUGUCUUCGACUGGCUGUCCUCGCAGCCAGAUAUGAGUCCCGACUCAUACACUUACACCAUCCUAUUGUCGGUUUGUGCCAACCUAAUUCCAAAAGAAGACAGCCAUACCAGGUAUAUGCAUGCAAGGGCAUUCUUUGACAACUGUCGAGAAGCAGGACACGUGAACGAUUACGUGUUGCGCAAGCUUCGUCAGACGGUUACUGAGGAUGAAUACCUUGGGCUCGUUGACUAUCGAAUGGAUACGUCAGCAGCGUGCAUGCCUGCCUCCUGGACUCGCAAUGCCAAGAUCAACAACCACGCGAAGGGGAGGAAAGGUGGCUGGAACAACAACCGUCGCAGAGGAAAAUGAGAAUCGAAUCGUCUUUCAUGUCUUUAUACUACUUUCAUCAUUCAAACAAGCAAACAACGCUUACUAUUCAUAUACUCGUACAGAAUUCAAAACAACAAACAGAGAACAUCAUUCUGCUUUUCAGGAAACCAAACAAAAACACAAAUCCAGAAUUUCAUACAAAGGAGCAAAGUUAAAGCAAUAACGCAUACAAGCAUUACAAGGCAAUUGAGUU